GCAGAGAACUGCUCCCUGCAUCUGACACAGGAGUUCCACAAAUUGUAUCCAAAUACUCAGGCUAAUCCGAUUCUCACCCAGAGCUCGUCUCCAGGUUUAGUGAUUGCCUCGGGGUUCAUGGGUAGGACUCUAAAGAGCAACCCGGAUGUGUUUGUCUCCUCUAACGCGGGUAUUUCCUGGAGGCAGGCCCUGUCUGGAAGUUACUUGUAUGCCACUGCUGACCAUGGUGGUAUCAUUGUGGCUGUUCAUCAGUAUGUGCUCACGGAUAAAGUUGUAUACUCAAUUGACGAGGGGGAAACUUGGCACAACUACACAAUAGUCAAGGAUAAAAUUCGAGUCUAUGGCUUACUGACAGAGCCUGGGGAGAACAGCACUGUGUUCUCAGUCUUCGGCUCACCUAGAGGCCCCCACAAGUGGCAGAUCAUUCAGGUGGACUUCAAGGAUGUUUUUGAGGGUAAAAAAUGUGGACCUUCAGACUACAAGAUGUGGUCAGUGGGUGAAGAUCUUCCAAAUGGGACAGGCUGCCUGCUGGGUCAUGUGACGACCUAUCAGCGUCGCAUCGCCCAUGCGGUCUGCUACAAUGGAGAAAUCUUCAUGAGGCAGUCUCUGAUCAGCAACUGCUCCUGCAGGAGGGAGGACUUUGAGUGUGACUUUGGCUUUCAAAACGUUGGUGGAAGAUGCCAGCGAGACACCAGUGUGAGAGAUGCUGAUGUUUAUCAGAUCCCAACCCAUUGCCCACCUGGAGCAUUCUAUUCUUACACUCGGGGGUACCGUAAGAUAGCAGGGGACACUUGCACUGGCGGAGCAGAACAUAGAUACAGACCUCUACUGUACUCAUGCCCAAUACAGGAACGAACUGAGUUUCUGUUAGUGACUCUAGAGUCCAAAGUACAGAUGAUUGACCUGGCCAGUGGAGCCCGGGUUGACCUGCUGGAUGAGCAUGUGUCUAACGUACCAGUGACGUUUGAUUAUGAGAAGAAUUGUCUCAUCUAUGUGAAUGUUAUUGGGGAUAUGAAGAGGAAGUGUUUCGCAGCCAAUAACCAUAGCAGUGUCCUGAAUCAUGAGAUCAUCCAUCGGAAUAGAAAUGGCACAACAAUCACUGGCAUGGCCUUUGACUGGACUGGCAGAAAUGUUUACUAUGCCGAUAGCAACAACUCCGUCCAUGUUGUCAGUGUUGACUUGAGAUAUGAGCGCACUCUGUAUACAGUCAAGAAUAAAGUCUACAGUCCAAGAGCCAUAACGGUGGACCCCCAUCAUGGGUAUCUGUUCUUUGUUGGCGGAGACUCCAGUUCCCGAAAUUUUUCCAUUUUCCGAGCAGCCAUGGAUGGAUCAAGUGACUCUGUUGAAGCUGUGACUAGGAAUUAUGUAACCAAUGAAACUUCACUAACCAUAGACUUGGACACUGAGAGCCUGUACUGGGUGACCCCGGACUUUGCAUCCGGCUAUACUUCUGAUAUCCACGGACAGUCAGUCAAUGUCUUAUUCACCGAAUCAGCUAACUUCAUAGCCAUUUAUAAGAAUGAUGUGUACAUAGCCACAAAGUAUGGGUUUGGUAUUUUGAUGGCCAACAAACACAGUGCUGACACAUGGCGCUACUUUGUCUUUGCAUCAGGCAUCCAAAAUAUGUUGGUUGUGUCCAAUACAUCACAGCAUGCCUCGAGUGCCUGCAGUGGUUACCACACCCCCUGCUCCCAGCUGUGCCUGCCACACCCAGACCCCACGAACCACAACCGCACCUGCCUGUGUGGAGAGAACUUUCCCCGGACAGUGCAUCCGCCAUCCAGAGAUGAAACUUGCCGCUGUGAAGUUGGGGAGAAGAUGGUCAAUCAAACAUGUGUCAAAGGAACAAACACAUCAUGUGCCAUGGAUAAACAAGCCUGUGGCAAUGGGAACUGCAUCUUCUUGACCUGGAAGUGCGAUGGCGAGGAUGAUUGUGGCGAUGGAACGGAUGAGAUUGACUGCCCAUAUACUACAUGCAGUUCUUCCUCGUUCACCUGCCGCACUGGAAAAUGCAUCCCCAAACAGUGGGUGUGCGACCGCCAGGACGACUGCAAGGAUGGGAUCCAGUCUGAUGAACUGAACUGCCCCAAUCAGGUGUGUACUCGGGACCAGUUCAAGUGUGAAAAUGGCUAA